UCCCUCUUCCAUCUUCUUUUGGAGGGUUGUAUAAGCCUUGGAGUGGGGCUAUAGUCGUACUACUCUCUUAUUUACCGGUCCUAACUCCUUACACGCCUCAUUCGUCUUUAUCUCAUAGCAUACACUGUCUUUAAGUUUAUCAUACCUAACAACAAAAACAACCCUCUCUGUGUAAACUAAACUCUUCUUUUCUACCACUUUCUCUCUCCCUUUCAAAUUUGAACUCAAAAGAAAAUGGGUACAGCUACCUUCGUCGAUAUCCUUCUUGCCAUCGUUCUCCCACCUCUUGGUGUCUUCUCCAAGCUUGGCUUAGAAGAGGAGUUCUGGAUCUGUUUGAUUCUCACUCUUUUUGGCUAUCUUCCUGGAAUUCUCUAUGCUAUUUACAUUAUCACUAAGUGAUUCAUCAUCUUCCUCUAUGUAACCCUUCUAUUUCCCUUUUGUGGAUCAUGAAUAAUUUUCAGGGGUGUCAUUCAUGUCUUUCAUUUCAGAAUCUGGUUUCUUGUAAGAUUAUUCAGUGAUGUAUGGACAAAAGUUGUUCUUUUUUAUAUCUUUUCAAUGCGAUAUUCCUUUUUUUCCCACUGUUUUUAACUUGUUGUCUUGGUUUGAAAUGAACUCUAUGUAAUCUUGUUCAUGUAUCUUUUCACUUUAAUUUUCAUUAAAUACGUUCAAGGUGAAACGAUAUAUUCCGGCAAAAAUAUAUUCACUAUUACAACUCUUAAAAUGGGUGGAUACAUAUACCCUUUUAAUCAA